AUGCGUCCAGGCAGGUCGGCCGUCUGGCUGGCGCUGCUGCUGCUGGCGUGUUUGGUCCAUUCCGCCGAGCCUCAGGGCAGGUCGGCCGUCUGGCUGGCGCUGCUGCUGCUGGCGUGUUUGGUCCAUUCCGCCGAGCCUCAGGCAAGUAGCAGUGGAUCGGCAGAGACAUCCGGAAGCGACAGUGGGUCGGCAGAGGCAUCCGGCAACAGUGGGUCGUCAGAGGCAUCUGGUGUCAGUGGGUCCUCAGAGGCAUCUGGUGACAGUGGGUCCUCAGAGGCAUCUGGUGACAGUGGGUCCUCAGAGGCAUCUGGUGUCAGUGGGUCCUCAGAGGCAUCUGGUGUCAGUGGGUCCUCAGAGGCAUCUGGUGUCAGUGGGUCCUCAGAGGCAUCUGGUGACAAGGAGUCCGGAAGUAGCAGUGUGACUGCAGAGGAGCCUGGAAGUAGCAGCGUGUCGGUAGAGGAGUCCGGAAGUAGCAGUGUGACUGCAGAUGAGCCUGGAAGUAGCAGCGUGUCGGUAGAGGAGUCCGGAAGUAGCAGUGUGACUGCAGAUGACCCUGGAAGUAGCAGCGUGUCGGCAGAAGAGUCCGGAAGUAGCAGUGUGUCGGCAGAGGAGUCCGGAAGUAGCAGCGUGGGGGCAGAGGAGUCCGCAAGUAGCAGCGUGUCGGCAGAGGAGUCCGGAAGUAGCAGCGUGACUGCAGAUGAGCCUGGAAGUAGCAGCGUGUCGGCAGAGGAUAGCAGCGUGUCGGCAGAAGAGCCUGCAAGUAGCAGUGUGACGGCAGAGGAGCCUGCAAGUAGCAGCGUGUCGGCAGAGGAGCCUGCAAGUAGCAGUGUGUCGGCAGAGGAGCCCGGAAGUAGCAGUGUGUCGGCAGAGGAGCCCGGAAGUAGCAGUGUGUUGGCAAAGGAGCCUGGAAGUAGCAGUGUGUCGGCAGAGGAGUCUGGAAGUAGCAGUGUGACUGAAGAGGAGUCUGAAAGUAGCAGCGUGUCGGCAGAGGAGUCUGGAAGUCGCAGUGCGUCGGCAGAGGAGUCCGGAAGUAGCAGCGUGUCGGCAGAGGAGUCCGGAAGUAGCAGUGUGUCGGCAGACGAGUCCGGAAGUAGCAGCGUGUCGGCAGAGGCAUCUGACAACACGUGUCCAGCAGAGAAGAGAAUCUGCAGCGCAGCCGGAGACCCGCACUACAGAACGUUCGACAGAAGGCGUCACCACUUCCAAGGCCCGUGCAGAUACACCUUCGCCAAGGACUGCGGAGCUAGCAGCGCCUUUACUGUAGAAACUCAAAACGUACCGCUAACCGUCAGGCCGGUUUCCGUCGUGCGGGAAGUGUACGUGAAAGCAUACGGCUUUGAUAUCGGAAUUCUUCAACGAAAGAAAGUAACGGUGAACAGCGUGCGGAGGUCGCUGCCCAUCUCUGCAGCAGGCGGUAAGAUCAAAGUGAGCGUGAGCGGCAGGUACGUCCGGGUGCGGCUGCCGGACCUGUGUGUGGAGGUUUUCUACGACGGGCGACACAGGGUCAAGGUUGAGGUUCUGGAUAACUACAAGGACCAGAUGUGCGGACUGUGCGGGAACUACAACGACAACCAAGGAGACGACUUCAUUAAGGCAGACGGGACCCUCGCUUCGGACUGGACAGACUUCGGCAACAGCCAUGUGGUCGACAUGUCCACGUGUCCUGGAGGCGACAUCGGCCCGACGUUUGCUGAAAGCCAGCUCGAAUGUGACUCCAGCCUGAACGCCACCGUGUCGGCGCCGGACCAGUGCGGGCUGCUCCAAGCCGCGGGCGGCCCGUUCGCGGUCGGACACGACCUGGAGGACCCUUCGGGCGCCUUUGAGGACUGCGUGUACGACAUGUGCGCGCGGGAUGGAGACGUCGUCGGGCUGUGCGAGAACCUGGAGGCGUACGCGGACGCCUCGCGUGACGCCGGCGCGGCCGCCUUCGCCUGGCGAACUGCAGACCGCUGUCCUUUGGAGUGCCCAGAAAACAGCGCGUACUCCACGUGCACAAGCGCCUGUCCUGCGACCUGCACGGACCCGGACGCUGCCGGCAGCUGUUCUCGCAGCGGCUGUGUAGAAGGCUGUGUGUGCGACGAAGGCUACGUCCUGAGUGGGCUAGCCUGCGUACCGCAGGAGCAAUGUGGUUGCACCGACGACCAAGGGCGUUACUAUGUGGUAAGCACAAUAGGCUAG